CAUUUCCAGAGAGAUAUAAGAAAUGGCAGCUUCCAGCAACUUAAAAAACAUUCUAAUGCUGGCAUUCGAGUGGAUUCUGUACAGUGCAGGCGUAGACAUCUGCCAAGUCACUGUAACACAACCCAGAUCUCAGGAAGCUGACUCCACCACGCACACUGCGUUCCUAAUGUGUACCUUCUCCACCUCUGGAUGCUCCUCAUCCCUGCCCCAAGUUCUAUGGUUUCGCUUUUUAACUAAUAAACAUGAGGAUCUGUGUACUCCUGGGUGCAGAGAUCAUCAGAAGUACAAAGUACAUUUUUCAUCAAAAAAUAACAUUUCUCUUCAGAUCAAUGAUCUGUCUGUAUACGACAAUGCCGUUUAUAUCUGUGGAGUAGCAUUUGCAGAUUCAAGUUCACCCUAUUCUAAACAAACAGGAGGUGGAACACUACUCACAAAAAGAGGAACAGAGGAGCAGCAAAGCAAUGGAAAGCUCACCUUCAUCUUCAUGAUCAUCAUCUCCUCCUCACUGUUUCUAUACAGCACUACUGUAUUCACAUUCUUUGUAGUCUACAAGCUAAAACCAAAGCUGCUAAAGAAAAGUGGGAAUGAAAACUCAGGAACAGAGGACUGUAAAAUCAGGAGCGGGCGGAAAAUUUUUCAAGCAAUUGCCCAAGAACUUCAAAAGCAGAGGAUGAUGUGGAAGAUGACACUGAUAACACUGUUUAUCAGAACAGAUGAGCACGUGCAGCAGUUGAUUUGUUCAAUGUUUCUCAUGCCAGCAAAGGGGCACGUGAAGAAGUCACGCUUCGUCACAGACCUCCUUACUUUAAAAAGUGAAGGGGAAACCUUGAAAGACAGUGUUCAUUGAGAGUAUUUUCUCAACAAAUCACCAAGCCCAAGCACAUUGUACAUUACAUCUAUGUUAUAUAUUCUCUCAGACUGAAAAACGGAGUAAGAACUGUGGGGAAAGGCUUCAUCUUUCACAAGAUAACUGUUGAUGCUUCACAGAAGUUUUGUGUUUCAGUUUAGAUUUAAUUCUGUGUCUUUCUUCUUACAUGAAUUUACAUCAAUUGAGCAUUUGUGAAAGAUGUAUGAUAAUUAGCAGCAACUAAAAAUAAACCUAUUUCAUAGGUGCAGUUCUGGUUUUACUCAUGUUAACAUGUUCUGACGUGACUAGUCUAACACCUUACUUGCCAAAUCUAGACAUAUACAAUGUGUGUGUU